GCUCUACGUAUUUAUUCUAAGCGUAAUAAUGUAAGGGUUUAUAAUAUUGAGUAUAUAAAAGUGUUAAAUGAGUUAUACCUUAUGUUUCCUAUUGCCUACGAGGGUGUUAGUACUAAGGAUGUGGAUAUUAUGGAAGUUAAUAAUCUAUAG